AUGUUGUCAUGCUGUUCAUAUAAAGGUACGAAUCAAAAUGAAUCUUUUGAUAUUGUUUUUAAAAAUAUUAUUGAAACUUCUUCUGAUCCGACGGAUAUUGGACAUUUUAAAGAAAUCGUUUUAGAUGCUCAAACUAAACGGUUCAUAAUUGAAAAUGGGCAUAGUAAACCUAAAGCUAAAGGGCCUUUCGCUAAAAAUUCAGACGGUAGAUCUUUUUCUGAAAAGUAUUAUUUUACAGUGUCCAAAUCUGGUUUAAAAAUCGAACGUUCGUGGCUAUGUUAUUCGACUAUACUUCAAAAAGCGUAUUGUAGGUCAUGCUGGCUAUUUGGAGAUCGCACAUCCACUGGCUUUCAAGAAAUUUGGACUACAGGAUAUUGUGAUUGGAAACACAUAGUAGAUGGUAUUAAAAGACACGAGCAAUCACACGUUCACUACAUUUCCUGUUUAGUAUAUGAAAAAUGGUUUUUAAAUAAAACAUUAAACGAAGAACUAGAACAGAAUAUAAAAAAAGAAAAAUUAUUUUGGCGUCAGGUUUUAGAGAGAAUUUUAAAUAUUACUCUUACAUUAGCUAUGCGAAGUUUACCUUUUCGCGACCACAGAGAAAAGCUCGGUAGUGGAAAAGGAGAAAACGGCAAUUUUAUUUGUUUUAUUGAGUUACUUGCAAAAUACGACCCAGUACUAGAAAAAGUUAUUAAUCAGGGUAAUAAUAAAGUAAACUACUGUAGCCCUAAAAUUCAAAAUGAACUAAUACAGUUAAUUUCAAAUAAAGUCGAAGACGAGUUAAUACUUAAUAUUAAAGAAGCUCCUUUUUUUUCCAUUAUAAUUGAUACAACGCAAGAUAUUUCAAAGGUUGAUCAGUUAAGUGAAAUUUAUCGUUAUUGUGUUAUAGAAAAAGAUGAAUACGGAAACCCAAAAUAUGUAUGUGUUAAGGAAACUUUUUUAGCAUUUCAUGAAGUUGUUGAUCAAUCUGCCUCUUCUCUUUCUGAACUAAUAUUACAGAAUAUUGAAAAAAAGGGAUUGUCUAUCGCCAAGUGUCGUGGUCAGGGCUAUGACGGGGCUGCCAAUAUGAGUGGUAUGUAUAAUGGCCUACAAAAAAGAAUUAAAGACAUUGAGCCAAGCGCAGCUUAUGUCCAUUGCUCUACUCAUAAUUUAAAUUUAGUUGUCAAUGAUGCUGUGAAAGAAAUAACAGAAAUGGAAAUCUUUUUUGAUGUUGUUCUACGAGUUUUUGUUUUUUUUGGACAUAGUAUAGUAAGAUGGCGUAUAUUAUCAGAUUUAAUUAAGGAAUCGAACAGUCAAAAUGGAUUAUUAAUAAAAAAACUUAAUCCCACAAGAUGGGCUGGUCGUUAUGAAGCAGUUUUUGCGCUUAAAAUUAGAUUUGUUGAAAUUCAAAAAGCUUUAACAAAAGUUAUACUUUGCAGCUCUAAAUGUAAUUUUAAUGAUCUCUUGGAAGAAGCAAAUAUAGUUGCUAAAAGUUGGUCUAUCUCUACAGAGUUUCAAAACAAACGUCGUAAAGUUGUAAAAAGAUAUUUCGAUGAACUAUGUACUGAUAUGCGUUUAACUUGUCCAGAAAGCUUAUUUCGUUUGGUAAACAAAUAUGAUAAAGACAUAUCAAAAACAUUUACAAGUGAAAUUUUAGCUGUAAGAUCAACUCUUAAAAAUCAAAUAAGUCAACUUAAUUCAACUAGAGAUCUUGCUCAACUUUUAAUGGUGAAAAAUCAUUCUUUAACAGCCAGUUUCCCAGAAGUAUGUACUGCUCUUUUAUUAUUUUUGACAAUUCCUGUUACAUCUGCAAGCGCGGAACGGUCAUUUUCGAAACUAAAAAUUAUUAAAGGAUAUUUAAGGAGUACAAUGAUGCAAGAUCGUUUAAGUGGCCUGGCAUUAAUUUCAAUCGAACAAGAAACAGUCCGAGAAGUUGACUUUGAAAAUUUAAUCGAUAUGUUUGCCGAAGCAAAAGCAAGAAAGAAGAAAUUUUAA